AUGGGUAAAAAGUCUAAGCAGAAACGCAAACAGGGGGUACAGACAGGUAACAGUGUCAACGUGUCUUCAUCUUCGGUUAGUUCAGGUAAUCCAACACGAGGAGCAUCCCCAUUAGCGACUGCUAACUCCAACAAUAUGUCUGGUGAUUCAGUGCAUACGGGGUAUGACAGCGAACUGCAGGCCAGUGACCAGAAACAGAGUUCUACAUUUUAUGAUAGCAAUGGAGGUGAUGACAAAAAGACAACAAACGCUGUGGAGAGUAGAAUGAUUCAUACAGCCUUGAUGGAGGAAGAUAAUCCAUUUAUGGAGAAAUACGCCAGUGAGGUGAGCCUGGACAAAGAUAAUGUUUCCGAUCGGUCGCGAUUGGGCGAUGCAGAAAAGGAUCACGAUAGAAUGAAAUCAACGAAUUCAGAUAGUAACGCGCGAAAUGUUAAUGAUGUCGAUGAUGAUGACGAUGAAGGAUUAAUGUCUGCUCCUAUGAUAGCAAAGGUUCACAACAGGAAUGUUGUGGAAUCUGAACGUUUCACGAAAAAGCGAAACUCCUUAGUUGAACGGACUAACGUGUCUGAUAAGAGGCACGCGCGCAUUUUGGAAGCGGGGAAGGUAUCAGAGUUGCAAGGAAGAAGUUACAUAACUUACACCAUACAGUAUAACAAUUUCACUGUUCGGCGGAGAUAUAAUGACUUUGAAAAUUUGAGAGACUUGCUUGUUAAACUAUUUCCGACAAUCCUGAUUCCACCAAUUCCAGAGAAGCAAUCAAUAAGAAAUUAUGGCAAAGCCAUAACUGGUGCGACCGGUUCGCAAUAUUUUUUACCAUCCGACCACACUGGAUCAGUAGACCUAACAACUUCGGUCAUUAAUGGCACCAAGAAAAACCAGGACGAAACUUUAAUACGACAUAGAAUUAGGGUACUAACUCAGUUUUUGAACAAAGUGCUGAACAACGACGAAAUUAUGAAGACCCCCAUUAUUGUUGACUUCUUAGACUCGAAUAACCGUGUAUGGAGCGAGUUUGUUGCCAGCUCUGCUACUUUUACAUCGCUCCCCAAAAACGUUCUGCAGUGUAACCCUUUAGAUCCAACCAGCUCAACAAGAGUCCAUGCCUCAUUACCCAUUCCCACCACAACUCAUAUUCAUUUACCAAAAGAAAAGGUGACAAAUUCAAAGGAUCCGGAAACCUUGGAUGAAAAAUUGAUGAAGUUUAAUUAUUCCUUUCAAAAACUGGAUCAAGAGUACAAAAAAUACGAGGAUAUAAUGGCGAAUGGGUUAACCAAGUUGAACAAAAAGCUUACGAAAAGCUUGAGUGGCUUGAUUGUCGAAUACAAAGAAAUUAGUGAGGAAUCAGCAGAAUUUACAAAAGAAGCCGGGAAGGAAUUUGAACUUGCCAGCCAACUGGCUCUGCUUAGCAGAACAUAUGAUGAAUCAGCUAUAACAUUUGAACAACUAGUAAGUCGAUUACAUUACAAUGUAAACGAACCGCUCGGUGAAAGCGCUUUGGUGGCCACAUCUGUUAGAGAAUUGAUCAAAUAUAGAAGAAUGAAAUUGAUCCAGUUGGAAACAUUGAGAAAAACACUACGGAGUAAGAAUGAUCAGCUUCGUAAACUGGAACAAGAGAAAAAUGACUUCAGCGCAGUAGAUAACGUGAUUAACCAAGAAACUGCAAAGUCCGGCCAAAUUACCUUUGAUAGACCACCAACAGCACCAAAAGGUUAUGGUGGGAAACUGUUGAACAAGUUUUCUAAAAUUGCUACAAUUGUGAAGGAUACCGUCAAUUAUCAAGAAGUUGAUCCUCAAACUUUAAAACUUUCGCUAGAGAAUGAUAUUGCGAAGCUACAAGAGAUGUUAAGCGUUGCAGAAAAUGAUCUACUAGUAAUAUCCGCUGAAAUUAAGGAGAGAGAACUGCCCAAAUUUUCCAAAGAGCGGGAGGAAGAAUUGACAGAUAUUAUGAGACAUUACUCCAGGUAUAUGAAAAUACAUGCUGAAAAGAAUCUAGAGAUUUGGAAAAAGCUGAAGAGCGAUCAAAGUGAAGCCGAAAGCAACGUAAAGCAGGUAGACAAUAAUACAUAA